AUGGCUACGAUUAGUCGAUCCGAGUUGCCAGAAUAUGCCGAAGAUGCAGCUCUCAUGCGAUUCUAUCAACUUGACACGCUCGAACCAGAGAUAUGGGAAGAGUAUCCUGCAGGAUCUUUAGACGAACCAGUCGUUGCUGAAAUCACCCUCCGUCAUCUGUCCCAACGCUACGAUGCUCAAUUACAAGACGGUGCCAAGGAUGCCAACAGCAGUAAUAACGACCUUCAAAUCUCGGACGACGCUGACCCACUUGGUAUUCGUAAUACUAUCUUUGACGACAAUUUCCGAAACAGCACAGUUAAUGCGAUGCAACUACGAGAGAAAUCAUCACUUGUUAUUACCAGCAAAUCAUUCCAACCACGCCUAUUCUUGCAGCAAGUACACAAAGACACGCCUUACAAUGAAUUGAUUGCUGGAGAAGAACGCCUACGACUUAGCAUCGAUCAACGUGCAGAAGCAUUGAAACAUUUGGUGCAUUCCAACUUUGAUCGAUUUGUGAGUGCCAAGGAAACAGUGGACCACGUUUAUGAUGAAAUGAAAUCCAAACAAUUGAAUCCAGCGGAGGAGUAUGGAACGAGACACUUGGAGAAGGUUUUGGAUGAGGCAAACACACGUGCGGAUCUUAUUUAUGGACCUAUCAUUGAACGACGUCAAAAGGUCGACAAGGUGCGAAGUACGAUCUCUGUGCUUCAACGCUACAAGUUCUUUUUCAACUUGCCGAGCAGCCUUCUUGAAUCAAUCAAACAACACAAGUAUGAGACAGCUAUUCGAGAUUAUCGCAAAGGGAAAUAUCUUUAUCAUGAUUUGCAAAAGGAGGAUGAUAAGGUGGAUGGAUCAGAGGAAGAGAGCAACAUUUCCGAACUACAUCGCAAAGUAUUCGACAAAGUCUGGACCGAAGUCAACAAGAUUGUGGUGGAAUUAAGAAGCGUUCUUCUCAAAAUGUUGGAGGAUCCUUGGCGCAGCAUGGAAGAACAAGAAAAGACAAUCAACUUCCUAUUUGAUCUUGAUACCACUGAAGAUCCAGCAUGGUUCUAUUUGGACAGCCAAUAUCGAUGGAUCAUGGGCUUGCUAAAGGAGACUUGCGAGAAUGCAGUGAAGAAGAUUGAUGUUUUGCGUACCACCAACGACACGGCCGAGUCCGAUUGUCAACGUAGCUUGGCCCUCAAGAAAGCCAUUGGCCAAAUCCAAACAAAGAGCUUCGAUUCAUCUGCAGAUCGUGAUCCAAGUGUGCGGGCCUGGAGACUUAUAUCCGAUCUUGUCAAGUCGUUAUCCACAUUGUUGUUGCGUUGCUUGCCAGAUUUUUGGCGAUUAUCAAAGGCAUUUAUUGAAGGCAAAUUUGCACACAAGGCUUCAGCCAAGUCGAAUGGAACUUCCCGUAAACGUCGACAAGGAGUGGAUAUGGGCAAAGUGGAGCAAUGCCAAAGCAUGUCACGCAACAUUGUUGAUUUAUAUGCAUCAUUGAUAUCCGAUUACUUUUCAUUGAACGAGCCCUCUUUACCUGUUCAACAAAACGCUGACGGCACUGAAACGGUGAUCAUGCCCGGGUUCCUUCCUGUGAAUGCAAGCUCGAUCCAUGUCUCCGAGUAUCUCACGCGUAUUAUCAGUGAUUUGGCGCAUUGUGUGAAUGAUAUAAGUGCCAUUCAUCUUGCUGGUGAAGCAUUCUCGGGUUUGACGGGUCUUAUGGAAAAGGCAAGAUGGAAAUUUGUUGAAGUCAUUUGCAAAUGCUGGGAACGAGAUGCCAAGAGCUUUUACUUGCUUGAAGAGUGGAUCCUGGAUCCGGAGCUUCCUCAAUGUACUGGCUUGCUCAAACGCUAUUAUGAUUACCAUAAAUUUUGUGCCAGAUCAGCAUUCCGAAUAGCAACACUUGCAGUUACCAAUGAUGACAUGGUGGCACAGAGCCGACAAGAAGUGAAACCAGAGUAUGUGGAAAAGAUCCGUGCGUCAUUUUUGGAAUCGACUUAUACCUUCCUUGAUGGAUUGGUGCGACUUGCGUUCUCGGAUUAUGUGCCUUUGAAUGAGAAAGAGGAAGUGCAGCUGGCCAAAAAGCGUGAUAAGAUCGAUGUUCAUUCAAUGGAUAUGCGUAUCUUGCUUACCGUUGGGAAUUUGGCUCAUAUGCGAUCUACGGUCAUUCCAAAGCUGGUUGGAUUAUUCCAGAUGGCUUACAAGUGUAAUAUGGAUGAAGAUCUCAAGACCUUGAUCGAUGUUGUUGACCAGCUCGACAAGAUUCUCUUUAAUGAUUACAUUAAGCGCAAGUCUGGUUUACUACGAGAUAUCAUUCGACAAGGAAUUCUAUUGAGCGGUGUUGACUGGUACAGCAUUCCCAAGCCUACAGAGGUACAUCCUUACGUGUAUGAAGCUCUUAUGACGCUUGUGAUGGUGCAUUCACAAGUAAGCAGCGUGACCAAGCAUCUUGUCCAUCGUGCAGUAUCAGCUCUCCUUGAGAAUAUGGCCAAUGAUUGUCUCGAGAGCUUUCGCCAAGUGGAGCGCUUUGGUAUGGGUGGUAUGCUGCAAGCAACAUUGGAGAUCGAAUUCAUGCACCAAACUUUGCAGCAAUAUGUUACACCAGCAGCUUCAGAAACAUUGCAACUCAUCUAUCAAUCCAUCGAACAGUCUUACGAUGCUCAACAACAAAAUGCUGGUGAAUUACAAGCUGAAUUGAACCAUGUCAAGGAUCUUUUGGUCUUUAGUCGAAAAAGCACUGUGGUGCAAUUCUUGUGCUUUAAGCAGAAUAGAGAGCGUCGAAAAGUAUAA